AGCGCUAUGACCGUUAUGAAAUACUAUUGUGUAUGAGACAAAAUAAACACUUGUCACCAAAUUUUAUCUGUGAAAUGGUUAUUUUUGUUCAUCAUCUAUUAAUAAUAUAAAGUUUAUGAUAUUAUUAAUAAAAUUUUCUACGCUAUAAAAAUAUCUUAUUGUCAUUGGCCAGUGAAAGUGAUUUUACAAAUAAUUUUCUUUUAGUAUAAGAUCUAAUUUUUUUUACAACAUAUUAUAAAAAAAUUAAUUAUCUUAUUAAAUGUUUACUUAUUAAUUAUUUUAAUUCAAUUCAUCAUUAAAUUAUUUAAAAGAAAAGCUGAUAUAAAAUGACACAGACGCAAUGUUUAUUAAUUUAUUGCAUUAUAUCAUUAUUUUAUCAAAGUGGUUAUGCCUCAAUAUUCGGAUGGUUUUGGAAUAAAGGCUCAGAUGAAACUACUGUGAUAGCUGAUGGUAUUCCAUUACUUUCAAUACCAUAUGAAUCUAUGACUGAGGAUGAAAAAUUCCUUCAGGAAGCUGCAAAAUUUACAGAGAUUCAAAUAUCAUCACCUUUAGAAACUUGUCAACAUAAAGUCAUUAUGAAAAUAAAAACUUCAUGUUCUGAAAUGACAGAAGAACAACUUGCCAAAUUAAGUGUUAAUCUUUUAAAUUGUCAAUCUGCAGUAGAAGGCAGAAAAAUAUUUCCAUGUACUGAUGAAAUGUCUCUAAAACAAUGUACCACAGAUAUGGAUGCAGAUAUGUGGAAUGCAUAUCAUUUAAUGAGUAACAGAGCUAGAGCAGUUUGUUAUGCAGCACGUAGUACUCAGUUCCGUGCUCUUUCAGAAUUAACUGUGAACAAAUUAAUGCAAACUGCUCAUACACAAAUUAAAACAUUGAGUUCUUUGAAGGAAAGUCAGGAUCGUUUAGAAGAACAAACUAUAGAAGCUUUAGAAUCAUUAUCAAAAGGCAAUAAAGCAUUAUUAGAACAACAAAAACACUUAAAAGAUGCACAAGCAUCAGCUCAUAAUUUUGUGACAACAAAUCUAAGAGAAUUGAAUAAUGAAAAAGCUUUGAUUCGAUCUGGUCACGCACAACUUGCAACAAUGGCCAAUGAUAUCAGAAAAAAAUUAGAGGAAGCAAAUAAAAAUUUAGAGGAACAAACUAUCGAACGUAGUCAAAAUCAUAAGGAAAUACUUCAGGAUUUAAUGAAUAUUCAAGAGCAAGCACACUUGAUUUGGGAUAAAAUAGAAUCUAGCACAAAUCGAAUUUUUACACAACAUGAAGAAGUACUUAUCCAAUAUGAACAAACUUUGCAAAAAUUAAGUCAAAUUAAUAAUACUAUUCAAUAUAUUUGGGAUAUAACAAACAAUAUGCGUGCAGAAAUGGAUGAAAAACUUAAUUGGUUAACUAAAUACAUAGGCGAUAGUGGAGAACAAAUGCAUCGAAUAUAUCGUGUAGGUUUACACAUUAUUUAUUUAUUAUUUGCUAUGGUGAUUGCUGCAUUUCUUCAUGCACCAUUCUUAACUAGAAUUACUAUUAUGGGGAUUGUACCAUUAAAUUUGUUAUCUUUUUUAAAACAUGGCAUGGAUGCUUGUUUGGAUUUUGUAUCAAUGAGUGUAUUGAUAUUCUUAAUUACGAUGAUGCACUUUAUAAUGAUUGGAAUUCAACGUAUAUGUGGUCCAAAAAAUAUAAAAAGAAGAUCAGAAUCAAAUCAAGUCAUUGAUCAAAAUGGUCAUGUAAUUGGUAUAACGCGCGAGAAUGUUUCUUCUAAUCUCCAAUCAUCGCAUACUCCUUCAAUAUCUUUCUAUACAAAUCUAAAAAAAAAUUCUUGGAAAUUUUACAUUUUUGUGCGCUACCAAAUAAAUUGCUGUAUUGAGAAAUUUAGUUCACUGGUGCAGGCAGUAGCUUCAUGGAGCAAACCAAGUUUUGUGCAAAGCGAGGAAUUAUCUUGUUCGUAUAUAUCCUCGAGAAAAAAUCGAGAAGACCUUAUUCACAAUUAUGAACAAGAAUAUCCAAGUAUGUCUGAAGAUGUCACUGAUUAUGAAAAUUCGAAUUUGAUAGACGAAAAAAAUAGAAGCGUUGAUGAUUACGAAAAUUUAAUCGAUGCCAAUGAUCUUAGACAAAGAUUAAGAAAAUUGGAAAGUCUUAAUAAUAGAUCUUCUUAUUCUCGUCAACAAUCGCCUUCCAGAAGUGUUACUCCAUCAUAUACUUCGAGGAUAUGUAAUGCUAUAACAAGAAGUGGCAAAAGAUGUCGGUUAUAUGCAUUAAAUGGACAAAUGUAUUGUAACAGACAUUCUCUUGGAAGCUCAAUUAUGGGUGAUUGAAAAAUUAUUAAUAAUUUAAUAAUUAUAAAAUAAAAUAAUAAGAAAGGAAUUUAUUUUAGUAUGUGAUAGUCAAAAUAUUCAAUUAUAGUGGUGGUGGAUAUUUACAAAUUUAUCUUAUAUAUUUAAAAAUUAUAUAAUGGAUAUUUAAAAAUUUAUCUUUUAUAUAUCUCAUUAUAUUUUAUAAGAAAUAAUUCCAUAAAAAUAAGUUCAUUUUAAUGAUUUCAUCUUUUGAAAACAUUUAUGAGUGAAAAAAAUUUAUAUAUUACAGAUUUUUCACUCUAUACAUAUGCGAAAUUUUAUAUUUUAAAUUUCUUAGAUAUCUAAAUCGUUUCCUUUUUUGUAAUUAGAAAUAUUUUUCUAUUAAAGAUUGAUCUGAUUCUAUUUGAAACAAAGCACAAUAUUGUUAGAUAAUUAAGUUAAAGAGUUAAGAGAUUGUUCUAUGAAUUAUAAAUUCUGUUGAAUACUAUAAAUGACUUAUGUGGUGCCUUUAAAAUAUUUAUGGCUUUUGCUCUCUAACAAAUAUUGUAAUUUAUAUAAAGUAGAUAAUAUUGUAUAUAUUUGAAUUUUGUAAUUAGUACUUAUUUUAAAGUAAAGACUCAAUAAGAAUUGUAUAAUAAAGACUAUUAGUGUGUGAUGUAUUUUCCAACAUAUUUUGUAUUCAUUGUCACAGAUUGUUAAGAAAAACAUAUAUUUUGUAAGUUCAUAAUACUUAAUUGUAAUUUAUUUUUGUAAAUCCUCGCAUUAUGAUUAUUAAUAAUAAUAAAAAUAUUAUAACCUA